UAGGUAAACUCCUUCUGAUGACCCUGUGGAUAACACCUCAGGCUAAUUCUCGAAUUCUCUAAAAUGCGCUAGUCACGUGACGUGUUGUAAUAGACUAGGGUAUAAAUCUCGUUUCUGUUAUCGCUAUUUGAUCUGAAGUUAGUGUACAUAGCAGAGGUUGUUUUGAAUCGCUUCAGUUCUUAGCCUAGAAUACAGGAAAUGAGAUUAUCUAUCAUAUUACUAGGGUGUCUUAUCCAACACCGCAUUUACGAUUCCCAGGCAAGAAAGAAGACCGUCACAGACGUCCUAAACGACCUUUUUUCAGGUUAUGACAGACGAGUUCGCCCUCACUACGAAGAUGGUCACCCUGUUGUGGUAACUGUUGGAUUUACUCUGCUCUCCAUUGACACCAUUAAUGUCAUUGACAUGGACUUCUCUAUGGACAUGUUUUUGAGACAAGAAUGGUACGACCAAAGACUGGACCACAAAACAAACGAAACCGUUUUUCUUAGUAAUCACGUGAUGGACAAAAUCUGGCUUCCCGACUCCUACUUCGUGAACGCCAAGGACGCAAAGUUCCACACAGUGACGACAGAUAACAAGAUGAUCAUGCUGUCCCCUGGAGGAAGGGUGCAGUACAACGCAAGGGUUUCUGUCAGGCUGUACUGCGACAUGGAGUUAAGAGAUUUUCCCAUGGAUACUCAGUACUGCCCAGUUGUAUUUGAAAGCUAUGGGUACAGCGACCGCCACAUCACUUUCGUGUGGGAGUUAGGAAUGAAUACAAUCCCAGAAAGACUAAAGAUUUUACCGCAGUACAACCUCAAAGAGGUCGCCUUAUCAACCACUUACAACGUAUAUGUUGUCGGCAACUGGUCCGGAGUAAAAGCGACGUUUGCGUUUGAGCGGACCUACAGCUACUUUAUUUACCAUGUGUACGCGCCAUCCGCCAUUAUCGUCGUCAUAUCCUGGAUAGGAUUCGUCCUACCGCGUGACAAACCGCCAGCUCGCAUCACGCUAGGCGUCACGUCAGUUCUUACUAUUGUCACGGUGCUUAACAUGCUCAGCAACACUGUUGCUAAGGUGAACUACGUGAAGCGGAUAGACGAAUACCUGAUAGGGUGUUUUCUCUUUGUGUUCUGUUCUCUGAUUGAGUAUUCAUUUGUCCUUCUUCUGGCUUACCGGAUGAAAAAGUACCAACGACAUUCCGGAAAGAAAGACAAGAAACUCUUAGAAACAAAGGAAAAAGAAAACGGCUUGCUGCUCGAAGCAGAUCUCGGUCUUCCCUCCAAAGAACUGGCCUCGUACCGCAAGGGAAACGUGAGCAUCAUUCGUGGUAGCAUUCGCUCCUUUGUGUACACCGAAAGAUUUAUCCUUGCCAUGGACGAGUACUCGCUGGUGGUUUUCCCCCUUGGUUUCCUCAUAUUCAACGUUACCUACUGGGGGAAUACACUAAAGGUCUUCUAAAACUCUUCUAUGAGUAGUUUACAUUAGUGGCUACGGGAAAACAUCCAGGUAGAGCAGUGCCAUUUGAUAACACACAUGCGCGUAGCCAGGGUUUGCUAGGGGGGUUAUUGAUUAAGGGGACAUAGGUAUAAUAUGGAAAAGUUAGGUAUUUGAGGAUUCUUCAAUAUUUAAAGAAUUAAAGACCGCUCAGGGGGUGCGCGCGCGUAAGACCAUUGGAUGACACAUGUGGAGCAAACUCACCCCCAGUCCCCCAGUAGUAAGGGGGCACUUUGGAUUCUAUCUACAGUACACUUCAAGCGCGUACGCAGGAUUGGGGAAGGGGAGGGGUGGAUGCGCAGUCUAAGGUAUCAUAUGGAAAAAGGAUGAAAUUUGACGAUCUGUCAAUAGGGAAUGAUAGCGCACGCACAUGCGUGCGCACAUGCAUUUAUGUCUCUUCGGCUGUCACAAGACAGUUGUGUCUGUAAAAGGGAUAGAGCCAAAGGAAAUUUAAUUGUUCCUUUUAGACUUAAAUAUUAUUAUACGAAAUGAAUAAGGCUGUAUUUUUUUCAAGAUAUCAAGUAGCUUUCAUAACAUGUAUCAAAUGUAUAAAGGUAUUUCUACGCAUGUUAUUAAGGCUACUCCUUUUGAUAGAAAAUAGUGUCUGAUUAAAUGCAUGUUUGAUUACGAAAAAGUAGAAUCAAUCUAUCAAGUAGUACAAAAACAGCCAAAUUUUGACCAGCUCAUAAAAACUCUGGAAUGCGUUUGUAUUGGUAGUGUCAAGGGCUGCCAAUGAUAGCAAAGCAUGUCAAUAAUAUUAAAAAAAUUUUCUCGGGGAUAAAAAUAAUCCUCCAACACUAAAGAAAAUGCAAACACAAAACGCAAUAAAUGGAAAAUAAUAUAUACACC